AUGGAUAUGCAGCCUAAGGAGGCUAAGCAGCCUUUCGUUGAUGAGAGCCCGUUGUGGAUGGGUUCCACUAUAAACCCUUUCGUGAAGGCUGAGCCGAAAGGCUACCCAGGGAAGAGCCUGUUUCGGGUGCCGAUUGGGAAACCUCCCAAGCUGGCUCUGGGGAAACAAAACAGACGGGGAAGAAAUAAGAAAGGCGACGACGGUGGUUCCUUGGCCUCUGGUCGGCAACCCACGCCCAAGCUGGUGACCCAAGGAAGGAGACUUAUGAAGAUGAAGCACGUGGUGGCUGAAGGUCUCGCUCAAGAUGAGCAGGCCAUGGAAGGCGUUACCAACAUGCAUCAUACAGAAGGAGGGUCGGACCCAGUUCGUCGCCGACGUCUUAUACUGGAGGAAGAAUCGGAGGAGGAGUUUAUAGUGCAUGAGGUCCCCUCGCCUUUGCCCCUGCGCCAACCUGUCAAAGACACCUCGGCGGUGAAGAUCAAGGCGCCGGGCCGACCUCCUACGGCAGCGGCAAAUCCGCGUCGCCGAGCAGCGAGAAAGAAAGCCAGUGAUCAGAAAUGGGAUCAUUCCCCUGGCGAGCGGCGCCAGGCGGCACGUUCUACUGGCCGUCGUAAACUCCACUCCUUGGCUUCCAAGGGCAUUAAAAUUACGCAAGCUGAAGGACAGGGGAGGGCUGACAAGAAAAUGGGAAGUGGAGGUGCGGCUAGGGCUCCUGCAGUCGAAGGGAGCGAUGAUGAUGGGGAUGUGGAUAAGGUUGUUCCCUUACCACCUUCUCCACGGGGCCCUCCUGUUGAUGAUCAAAGCCCGGCUUGUCCUGGGGUAGAGGAUCCGAACUCGAAGGAGGAUGCUCCUUCUUUUGAACUGCACCGCCGGCCUCCCAUGGAAAGUAAGAAGUGCAGCGCAUGGCCCACUCAAGUCGGGUGA